AUGGAUUAACAUCAUUCUAAAUCUUUUGGAGCUUUCAAUUAGUUGAACUGCUAGCUUUUUAAACCAAAACCUCUAUCUUUCAGACUUCAAAUAGGUAAACUAUCCCAUUAAGAUCAAAGGUUCUAUACCGACUGAAACACCGCGAGUCCUCAAAUAAGCUCUCGUCACUCCUUCAACAAAUGAUAAUGAUUCAAAGUAUCUCUUUUCAUAACUUAGUCAUUCCCCCUCUCCAUAAUUGCGAGCCUUCAAAUCCUACAGAGUCUCCACUGAAAUGUUAAAUGGAUCUCCAAUUGAUUAGAUUUAGUUAAUUAUUCGAGAAAACGAGAACCUCAAAAAAUCCUUGAACCAAAAACAAAAGAUUAUUGACACUUUGACUCGAUCGUAGAAAACAAAAACUCGAUUUGAUUUCAAUGACUUGAAAAAGAAUUCAAGGUCGCACAUCUAACCUCAAAGUUAAUAAGAAGCCAUUAAACCUAAGUUAGUGGAAGUUAAGUAAUCUGUCUCUCAAAAUUACAAUAAACGCACUAAGUUACCAAAAAUUGAAGACUCUAUCUAAAAAGAAGAUGAUGAUUGUAACUUCACUUUUGCUAAGAAUUUUUUCAAUAACAAUGCUACUUGUCAAAAUAAUAAGAUUAAUUUUAAAUAAGUGUUUGCUUAAUCUCAUUUGAAGAAGAAAUUUUUCACUUGA